AUGUUUCAAAUCGGGAGCCUCGUUGUCCUCUGUGGGCUGCUGGCCCAGACCACGGCCCUGCUGGAAGCCCUGCCCGUGCCCUUGGACCAGACUCUGCCCUUGGCUUUGACUCCAGCCCUAGCCCCGAAACCCACAGAUCUUGCUGGAAGCUUGACAGGUGCUCUCAGCAAUGGCCUGCUCUCUGAGGGUCUGUUGGGCACUCUCGAAAACCUUCCGCUCUUGGACAUCCUGAAGACUGGAGGGAACCCUUCCAGUGGCCUGCUGGGGGGCCUGCUUGGGAAAGUGACUUCACUCAUGCCUCUCCUGAACAACAUCAUUGAUUUGAAGAUCACUAACCCUCAGCUGCUGGAACUGGGCCUCGUGCAGAGCCCCGAUGGCCAUCGUCUCUAUGUCACCAUCCCUCUGGGCAUGAUCCUCAAUGUGAAAACGCCCUUGGUGGGGAGUCUGUUGAAGCUGGCUGUGAAGCUAAACAUCACCGUGGAACUCUUAGCUGUGACAGAUGAGCAGAAGCAUGUCCACCUGGUUGUUGGCGACUGCACUCAUUCCCCUGGCAGCCUGCAAAUCUCCCUGCUUGAUGGAUUGGGCCCCCUCCCCAUUCAAAACUUUGUUGACAACCUCACUGGCAUCUUGAAUAAUGUCCUUCCUGGGUUGGUGCAGGAAACGGUGUGCCCCCUGGCCAAUGCAGUUCUCAGCCGCUUGGACGUCACUCUGGUACAUUCCAUUGUCAACGCACUGAUCCACGGGCUAGAAUUUGUCAUUAAGGUCUAA